AUGGCAUCCUCAUCGUACUCGUCCAACGGCACCAUGAAGGCGCUCGGCCUUGCAACCGAGUACGGCGGCCCCGAGCUGCUCACCCAGGUCACUGUGCCGCGCCCGACGCUCCGCUCCGAGAAUGACAUUAUUGUCCAAAUCAAGGCCGCCGCCAUGAAUCCCGUCGACUACAAGGUCCGCGAAGGCCAGAAGGGCGGCUCGGUCACUGGCGGCCCUCGCAUUCUGGGCUACGACGGCGCCGGCGUUGUCGUGCACACUGGCUCGAGCGCGCAUGCCAAGCGUUUCAGUGUGGGCGACGAGGUCUACUUUGCAGGCGACAUUUCACGCUCGGGCACCAACGCCGAGUUCACGGCCGUCGAUGCGCGCAUUGUCGGGUUUAAGCCAAAGUCGCUCUCCUGGAACGAGGCCGCGUCGCUCCCGCUGGUCACCCUGACGGCGUUCGAGGCGCUCGAGGAGCAGAUGAACAUUCCCGAACGCGCUGCACCCGAAGCCAAGCCAAAGUCCAUCCUCAUUCUGGCAGGCGCGGGUGGCGUCGGCUCGCUGGCCAUCCAAAUCUCCAAGCGCCUGCUUCACUUGCGCGUUGUUGCCACUGCGUCGCGUCCCGAGACCAGCGACUAUGUCCGCAAGCUGGGCGCGGACGUUGUGAUUGACCACCACAAGCCCCUGCGCGAGCAGCUGACGAGCAGCGGCUUUGAGAAUGGCCAAGUCGACUACGUUCUGCUCUGCCACGACCUCUCCGCCGCCAAGUUCCCCGAGUAUGUCGACAUCCUGGCCCCGCUGGGCACCAUCGGCACCAUCACCCCCGACGCU